AUGGUAGAAGUUUCAAGUCAUUAUGUUGUCUAUGCAGAUGACAAAAGAAUCCACUAUCUGGCGGCCGGCCCUGUGAACGGCCCGCUCAUUUUCUUCAUUCAUGGAUGGCCCGGAACCGCCAUUACCUGGAAGACACAGUUGGACGCCUUCGCCGCUGUGGGGUUCCGUGCGAUCGCCCCUGAUAUGCCCGGGUAUGGGAAGUCGACUGCUCGCCGCGUCAUUGCCGACUACUCCCAGGAGGCUAUUGUCGAGGGUAUGAUGGCCCUUCUAGCCGAUACGCGCCGCGACGCUGCCAUAUGGGUUGGCCAUGACUGGGGCGCGGGCGUAGUCUCUUCCGUCGCGACGCAAUAUCCCCAAUGUGUGAAGGCUCUCGUCAACCUCUGUGUGCCGUUUCACACCAUCGAACGUGGUUGGCAAGGGUUCUUGCCUCUGGUGGCGCGGGAGAUCUAUCCCCCCGACGAAUUCGAGCUUGGGCAGUGGGAGUACAUGAGUAGAUAUGAGGAGGCCUUUGAGGAGACCGUGGAAUGGAUCGAAAAGGACAUCGCGGGAUUCUGCAAGGCCGGAUUACAGCCAACAACGCCCCCGUCGAGCCGUCAGUUUACGCCGAUGUGGAUGAGCGGACACCCUCAUCCUCCCAGCGUGGACAUGACGUGA